ACAUCAUGUUGACUAGCGAUGGUCACACUAGCCAUCGUGCACAGUUUUGUUUCACAUUUAAUUUUUUACGGAAUUCUAGAGGCUUUUUCCAAGAAAGUGAUGUCCCAGGUGCAGGUAGUUGCUGCCCCAAAUACCCCUGAAUACUGUCACUCCUUCAAGACCCUGUUGGUGGAGGAACUCGAGCUACAAACGAGCUAUCUUAGACUGCAUUACGGCCAAUGCGCAAUUAUUGGACGACUGGCGUUAAAGUCGGCACACUUUUGGCUUGAAAACGUGCGUGUUAGGAGCCUGCCAGAGAAUUACUCCUUGCCCGAAGGCGCCGUGUCCGUGCUUCUUUUGGGACUCACUCGGGAAAAGGCUAUCGAACAACGCGUAAGCACCGGCUGCUAUUGCAUUGUGCGCGGUGAAGUCGUCCUAUGCAAUGUUCUGCGUCCCAACAGUCCCACACUGACCGCCCGUGGAGUCCACGAGCAGUUUGGCAGUCUGGCCCAUGAUCAAAUUGCCCAAAAACAGUUUAUCAGCAAACUACGACUAACCCACAAGCCCGCCGUUGAUUUGUGGUUCAUCCAGUCUAUUGACAGACCCGAGGACCUGCUGACUCUCAGGUUAAAGAUCAGGGGAAUGACCGUGAGAUGA